UAAUUAAUGAUUGGUGGAGGAACUUUUAAAGGACUUAUUGGAUCUGGUUUUGCUUGAUGAAUAUUUGCACAUUUCUGGGUGGGUCCAGCAUGCGAUUGAGGAAUAAAAUGUCCUGCAGAGAGAAAAAAAUCCAACCCUUUUCAAACGAAAAGAGAUCUGAGUCUGCAGGUUUUUUUUCAUUCCAACAUGGCAGCAUCAAAAGAUAACAGCGGAAGAGUCGACCUUCAACCGAACAGGACUUCUUUACUCCACACUUUACGCAAUAGGAACGACUCCAACCGGUUGGGGCGGCCGGUCGAGUGUGGCCCGCCCGCCCCAGUUUCCCUCCCAACAACACGCCCUCUGCACGAAGGCCACGAGGAGAGACAACAUACGGAUGGCACCUCGGUUCCUUCACAUUCCCCUGGAGAAACUGUUGGAAGUGUGAGCUUUGCGGCACAAAAACUAUAGCAACGAGUUGACAAAAAUGGGAACUUUCACUAAAAUUAUCCUGAGUGCCGCGUGCGUUGCCUUCCUGGCGGCCAGGUGGACCGCGCCUCGGUUUGAUCCAGAGUCUCUCCGAGGCGCGAGGGUGCUGGUGACCGGGGCCAGUACCGGCAUCGGUGAACAAAUGGCGUACCACUACGCCCGCUUCGGAGCCCAGGUCGUCAUUACGGCGAGGAGGGAGAAGGUCUUACAGAAGGUGGCCGAGGAAUGCCUGCGUUUGGGAGCGCAGAAAGCCCUCCACAUAGCGGCGGACAUGGCCAGCGACACGGACCCCGACCGGGUUGUAGACUUCGCCCUGGAGGAGCUCGGAGGCCUGGACCACCUGGUCCUCAACCACAUCGGGCCGAGCCCCUUCAGCAUGUGGGAGGGAGACGUGGAGCACACCCGGUGGCUGAUGAAGGUCAACUUCUUGAGCUACGUUCAGAUGGCUUGGAGGUCUUUGGCUUCCCUGGAGCAGAGCAAAGGGUCGCUGGUGAUCGUCUCGUCGCUGUUGGGUAAGAUGCCCAGUCCCUUCGUGGCCCCGUACGGCUCGACCAAGCACGCCUUGAACGGUUUCUUCGGGUCCCUUCGCCACGAGCUGGCCAUGAAGAGAAGCAACGUGUCCGUCUCCAUAUGCACGCUGGGGCUCAUCGACACGGAGUCGGCUAUGGAAAAAGUCCGGGGUUACACCGACGUCCCGGCCUACCCCGCCGCCGACGCCGCCCUGAACAUCAUCGUGACCGGAGCCACCAGGCAGCCGGAGGUCUUCUACCCCUGGUUCACCCGCGUGUUGAUCUUGAGCAAAGACUGGUUCCCCUCCAUCACAGACUACGUCAUCCAGAACUCCUACACCUACAACCCGUGAACAACGGGAAUUCUGUACUUGAUGUUCUCCGCUGGCAGAAUUCGCCCCACAGACUUUUGGGUUGAUUUUUCUGAUGGAAAACUUGAACGCCAGACCAAAAAACAUUUUACCUGCUGUGGAUUUAAAAAUGCUUUCAAGUACAUAAAGUACACGUAAAUGUCCUUUAAACUUGGAGACAGAAA